AGUCGUUGGCUACCGCUGGAACCGUUCAGAAGCAUUUUAUUUUGUUAGCCAUCUGUGGGCAGCUGUUUAUCAAAAGAUCCGAAUUAUUUAUAGCGAAUACUUACAAUCAAAUUUUGUUUAGAAAACAUAUUUUGUUUAGUGUUAUAAACAAAUCGCAAGCAAAAUGAGCAAAGCUGAGUGGGAAAAUAAUGAGGAAAUUAAAAUCUUCCGUGAAUACUUGCGAAUUCCAACCGUGCACCCAAACAUUGAUUACACUGAUUGUGUGGCUUUCUUGAAACGUCAGGCAGCCAGUUUGGAUCUGCUGGUUGAUGUCGAAUAUCCUGUCAACAAAGACAAUCCCGUGGUCAUAAUGAAAUGGCUGGGCAAGCAACCUAAACUCCCCGGUAUUGUUCUGAACUCUCACACGGAUGUUGUACCAGUCUUCCCGGAGAAAUGGUCACACGAUCCCUUCAGUGCCGAUAUGGAUGACGAGGGACGCAUUUAUGCGCGUGGCACGCAGGACAUGAAGUGUGUGGGUGCUCAAUAUCUGGCAGCUAUUCGCGCUCUGAAGGCCAAAGGCUAUCAGCCAAAGCGAACCAUUUAUGUGACCUUUGUGCCCGAUGAGGAGGUUGGUGGAUAUUGUGGAAUGCGCGAAUUUAUUAAGGGAGAUUACUUUAAGAGCCUGAACAUAGGCUUAAGCUUGGACGAGGGCUCCUCCAGUUUGGAUGACGGCUAUUAUGUCUAUUACGCAGAGCGUACAGCAUGGCAUAUACGAUUCAAGUUCAGCGGUACUGCUGGUCAUGGUUCCAUUCUAUUGCCCAACACCGCCGGCGAGAAGCUACAUUUCGUGGUGAACAAAAUGAUGACAUUCCGUGAAACGCAGGUGCAAAAACUAAAAAAUGAUAAAAGUCUCUUCUUUGGUGACGUGACCACAGUGAAUCUGACGAGAUUGAGCGGUGGUGUGCAGAGCAAUGUGGUACCUUCAAUGCUGGAAGUGGUCUUCGAUCUGCGCAUUGCCAUCGACGUGGAUUUGGUGGCAUUUGAGCAGCAGAUACGUGACUGGUGCGAGCAGGCUGGCGGUGGCAUUGAGAUUAUAUUCGAACAAAAGGAUGAAUAUGUGCCGCCCACAAAGGUUGAUGCAUCCAAUCCCUACUGGUUGGCUUUUGAGAAGGCAUUGAAUGAACUAAAUCUGAAAUUCCGCGCCCAUGUCUGUCCUGGCGGCACAGACAGCCGCUUCUUGCGUUCCGUGGGAAUUCCUGCCCUUGGUUUCUCGCCCAUGAAUAACACGCCCAUUUUGUUGCACGAUCACGAUGAAUAUAUUCGUGCGAAUACCUAUUUGCAUGGUAUUGAGGUCUAUACAAAACUAAUUGCAGCUGUUGCCGACGUCUGACGUCAUUAAGUUCAUUAAGUUAUAUAAGUUAUUUGAUUUUUCCUGCAUUUUGCGUUUUGUAUUGCCGUAUCCAAGAAUGGGUGAAGACAUAUUUGAACAUUAAAUGAUUAUGAUUAAAUACAG